GGUGGAGAGAGCCCAGGAGACAGCAUCAUGGCAGCGAAGCCCAUGCUUCACUACUUCAGUGGACGAGGCCGGAUGGAGCCUAUCCGGUGGCUCCUGGCUGCUGCUGGAGUUGAGUUUGAAGAGACAUUUAUAGACACACCAGAGGACUUUGAAAAGCUAAGAAAUGAUGGGAGUUUGAUGUUCCCGCAGGUGCCAGUGGUGGAAAUUGAUGGGAUGGAGCUGGUGCAGAGCAGACCCAUCCUCAACUACAACGCCGCCAAACACAACCUCUCUGGGAGAGACACCAAGGAGAGAGCCCUGAUUGAUAUGUACAUAGAAGGUGUGGCAGAUGUGAAUGAAAUGAUCCUGCUUUUACCCAUAAGCCCACCUGCUGAAAAAGAUGCUAAGAUUACCCUGAUCAAAGACAGAACAGCAAAUCAUUAUUUGCCUGCAUUUGAAAAAGUGUUAAAGAGCCAUGGACAAGACUACCUGGUUGGCAACAGGCUGAGCAGGGCUGACAUUCAGCUGGUGGAACUUAUCUAUUACGUCGAAGAGAUUGACCCCAGCCUUCUGACCAACUUCCCUCUGCUGAAGGCCCUGAAAGCCAGAAUCAGCAACCUGCCCACCGUGAAGAAGUUUCUGCAGCCUGGUGGGGCGAGGAAGCCUCCAGUGGAUGAGAAAAUUUUAGAAAAAGCAAGAAAGAUUCUCAAGUUUUGAUAAAGCAGGCCUGGCCCCCAGCACAGGCAGGACCGAUCUUCUGAAGUUUUCCAGCAGUGACG